AAGAGGAGAUUGCCAAAACUCGUCUGGGCUACUUUUUAUAGACAAAUGAACAAAAAAAUGUAUCAAUAUAAAUUAAUAACUAAAAUUAGUGAUAAGUGACGUCAAGUUUACUAACGAUCGGUACUUGAUAUUAGAAUCAAGGAAUACGGAAGUACACUUAAAAAGUUCAGUAAAACAUUAUUGUGCGUUUAUCGUGAAGUGUAACAGGAAAUACAAGAUGUUUUUAAUAAGCUAUAUUAAAAAUUAUACCUAUCACAUGUUAGUUUUUGGACAAAUACUAUAAAGCAAUAGCUGCGUUUUCUAUUUGUAUAAUCGGAAUGGUUAAAAUUCUAACAACUACAAACCCAAAAAUUAUCGGUGGUUGGUCCCAAAGUCUGUCACAGAGACCUUUAGAAGAAUUUAGCGUUAACUCAUAUGGUAUGGUGACCAAUUUAAAUAAUUUUACUACUGGUAGUGGUUGGAGUCCAAAAGAGACCUCAGCUCCACAAUAUGGUGGUGUUAAAAUCCUUUGGACAUAUGGGGGGGAAUAUUGCUCUCCAAUUUCAAGGCCUGUUUCUGCAGAUGAAGUGAGUCAAAUAGUUCAAAUGACCUUACAGAAUGGCUGGGAUGGGGUUGACUUCGACGACGAAUGUGGUAUGAACAUUGAUAAUGUAAUUGCCGCAAUGCAGGGUCUUAAGAAAAAUGGAAAACAGACGAGUUAUGGGUUUAUUUCCGGUUGGGGAUACAACAAUCCUGAGAAAAAUGAUAAUGGACAAGAAUUUAAUGAUAAAGUAGCGAAAUUGGCUAGAUCAAAUUUCUGCGACAGAAUCAUUCACUAUUGUUAUGGAGAUGCCAUGUGGUCAGACGUUCACAUUGCGGCUAAUGUAAGAUCGGCAUUGAAAAGGACCAUCAAUAAUGGAGUGCCUAAAGAAAAAGUUUUUUUGGCGUUGACUACAGUUGGCUUAAAUUUUGAAAAUCUUAACUACUUUUUAGACGCUAUUUUUGACUUUGACAUUGGUGGACUUUUUAUUUGGGGAUACAACGACCUCGUUCCAGAACAACGCCAGUUAAUUCUUGCAAAGCUAGCACAAUAAUUAUAUAUUUGUAGUUACUCAAAUAUUUAAUGAAAUAGCUGUAAAGAUUUAGAUACUAAAAAUUGGUUGAAUAUAUGUGUGUAAUCAGACAAACAAGAUUUUUUUCAGACAUAUGAUGACCAUUAAUUUUAAUACAUAUUGUUCUGGUUUCUUUUUUAAGUGAUAGAAAUGUAGUUUAACUUCUUCACAUUUAACAUUUCCUUUCUCAUUUAUAUUUAGGGGUGUCGUUUCCGACCCUUGAUGAAAUUAUUCAACGACAAAAGGAAUCCCUUGCAUUCGAACUAACUCCCCAAUAAAAUCCAGCACAUGGUUAUCACUUGUCAAAGCUUAGUAAAUACCUUCCAUUUCCUAAUGAUUCCACGAGCGCCUUUUACGAUUAAAUUAUUUUGUAUAUUUCAGCUAACAUACUGCCGCAAGGUGCCUAUAUGACACCGCACUAAAAAACCCUUGGCACCACGAGAUUCUGCGUAUUUUUCUACGUAGUUAUCACCUCUCAAAGAUUAGUAAAUACCUUCCAUUUCCUAAUGAUUCCACGAGCGCCUUUUACGAUUAAAUUAUUUUGUAUAUUUCAGCUAACAUACUGCCGCAAGGUGCCUAUAUGACACCGCACUAAAAACCCCUUGGCACCACGAGAUUCUGCGUAUUUUUCUACGUAGUUAUCACCUCUCAAAGAUUAGUAAAUACCUUCCAUCUCCUAAUAAUUCCACGAGCGCCUUUUACGAUUAAAUCAUUUUAUAUAUUUCAGCUAAAAUAUUUCUGGAAGGUGCCUAUUUGACACCGCAUUAGAAAACC